AUGGAGGCUCGCACAGAAACAUACCAUCACCAGCGACCAUCAGCACGGCAAGGCCAGAUGAAGAUUGACUCGCUGCUGAACCCACCCUCGGCGGACAGCGGCGCGGACGAGUACAGCGGCUCGCCUUACAAGCCGCACGCGACGAUGUCAUCCUCGUCGCACGGCGGCGGCUACGCACAUUCGCCAGGCAACCCACCAUCUCCCAACCAGUACUGGUACGGACGAUAUCAGGGCUACCAUGACACCAGCCCGGGCGCCGCAUCCACCGCCACGACGCACGCCAGCAGUGGCAGCGGCGGCAGCAUGAACGCACACCACCAGAGCCAGCCAUCCGGGGGCAACCACCGCCACAUGUUCCUGUCCUACCGGCCGACGAACAGGUCAGCACACUCGUCGCCGGACCCGUACCACCCACGCGAGCGGUACGACUCGGUCUCAUCCAGCUCCAGCAACAACGGCAACGACCGGCGGCGGCCCCCGCGGCCCAAGUAUGAGGAAGAGGAGAUGUACUUCAUCUGGUACCACCGCGUGGACCUGUGCCAGGAGUGGAAGGAGGUGCGCGAGAGCUUCAACCAGCAGUUCCCCAGCCGGCAACGGCGCGGGUUCCAGGGCAUCCAGUGCAAGUUCUACCGCUUCAUCAAGGAGAAGAAGUGCCCGACGCUGCGGGAGCAGCGGCGCAUGCGGGAUGGCGAGUUCAUGCGCGAGGGUGCGUCGAUGGGGGCGGAGUCGGGGGCGCCGCGGUUUGGCGUCAGGGAGUGGGCGAAUGUGUGGUAUCCGUGGAUGCGCGAGGCCCAGGACACGGUGAUGAGCCAGCCGCGCCCGUCGACGUGA